AUGAAAUUUCCAAUCGAGACUCCAAGAAAACAGGUGAACUGGGAUCCUCAAGUGGCUGUUCCAUCACCAGUGCCAGCUUGUGAACCCGAGCCUAAAACUAACGAGCAUUAUCCAGCUCCACGACUCUCCAUUUCCUCCCGAGCCACUGUUGUUGCUACCAUGGAAACCCCUUCUCAAGGCCUGCAGACGGUUAUGAAGUGGAAAACAGUGGUGGCCAUCUUUGUUGUAGUAGUAGUUUACCUGGUGACAGGAGGAUUGGUCUUCCGUGCCCUGGAGCAGCCCUUUGAAAGCAGGCAGAAGAACACGAUUGCACUAGAGAAGGCUGAUUUUCUGCGAGAGCACGUUUGUGUAACCCAGCUGGAGCUGGAGACGUUGAUUCAGCAUGCUGUUGAUGCUGAUAAUGCAGGAGUCAGUCCCAUAGGAAAUUCCUCUAACAACAACAGUCAUUGGGACCUUGGAAGUGCCUUUUUCUUUGCUGGAACAGUCAUCACAACAAUAGGGUACGGUAAAAUUGCUCCAAGCACUGUUGGAGGCAAGGUUUUCUGCAUCUUGUAUGCCAUCUUUGGGAUUCCACUCUUUGGCUUCUUGCUGGCUGGGAUUGGAGACCAACUUGGAACCAUCUUUGGGAAGGGUAUUGCAAGGGUGGAAAAAGUUUUCAGACAAUUAGUAUUGGAGGCAGUGCUGUUUAAUGUCUUUGUCAAUGAUCCAGACAAGGAGAUCAAGGGCACCCUCAGUAAAUUUGCAGACGACACCAAACUGGGUGGGAGCAUUGAUCAGCCUGAGGGUAGGAAGGCUAUACAGAGGUAUCGGGACAGGCUGGAUGAAUGGGCCAAGCCCAAUAGGUUCAACAAGCUGAAGUGUCAGAAAGACAUUGAGGUGGUGGAGCGGGUCCAAAGAAGAGCAACUAAGCUGGUGAAGGGUGUAGAGCAGAAGUCUGAUGAGAAGCAACUGAGGGAACUGG